AUAAAAAUGGCCAUACCUAAAGUUCUUCAAAUAAUAUGAAAUAAUAAUAACACUCAAUAGAUGAAUUUAUACAUGAACAUAAUAUGAUGUAAUUUUUUUGAACAUUUGAUUGUGUAAUUAAAUUUAAAUAGGUGAACAGUUUUGAAAGAAAAAAUAAAAAUCCGAGGAAAAGAAAAUAUGUACCAAAGUAACGUUUUUGUCCAAGCCCAUCUCUUGCUAUGAAAAUGAAAGCUGUGGUGUCUGGUGUCUGAUUUGAUUCCUGAGUCUGACUGAAGUCUGAGUUGAUCCGAGUUCUUAAUUAGUGAGAAGUUAAAAAGUAUUUUGUGUUUUUUGACGUUUAAAAAGACAAUUUUGACAAUUUUUCUGAUUUCUAGUAUUCUAGUCUGUAUACAAAUAUUUGAAGUAAUGGAAGAGGUUUCAAACACCAUGAUUACAGAACAACCAAAUGCAGUGGAAUCAAGUGCUUCAACUAAUUCUAAAAUAAUAGAAAACCCAGAAAACACUUUAAAACCUAAGGUAUUGAAAGCGAAAAAACGUAAGAAGCCGAAAGAUAGUACUGCACCUAGAGUGCCUCUUACUGGUUACGUGAGAUACUUAAAUGAUCGAAGAGAAGCUGUACGAAGCACCAAUCCAAACUUAACAUUCGCUGAUAUAACUAAAAUGUUAGCUAGCGAAUGGAGCAAUUUGCCAGUGAAUAAAAAACAGCAAUACUUAGAUGCAGCAGAACAAGACAGAGAACGUUAUACGAAGGAAUAUAAUGCAUAUAAACAAACUGAAGCCUACAAAAUUUUUACGCAACAACAGAACGAAAAGAAAAUUAAAGAAGUUAAAGAAAAAGAAGAUAUUGUUAAAAUACCUAAUCUCGCUUACAAUAACCAUCCAGGUUUAAAUAAAGAUCAACAAGAUGUAGACUAUGGCAAUUUCGACAUACCUAUUUUUACUGAAGAAUUUCUUGACCACAACAAAACAAGGGAUACGGAAUUGAGACAAUUAAGAAAAAUAAACAUAGAUUUUGAACAGCAGAAUGCCAUACUUUCCAAGCAUAUAGAAAACAUGAAGAUGGCUAUAUCGAAAUUAGAAUUCGAAUUAAUACAACAAGAAAAAAAUAAUCUGUCUCUUAACAAACAUUUAAAUCAUUUGAAGAACACGUUAAUCGAUGGAUUUGGGGGUACAGUAUUACCAGGUAUCAAAGAUGUUGCUACCAUACAAAAUAUUGACAAUUAUAUGACAAAUCUCCAUUCAAUACUCUUGGAAAACAGCAGUAGCCAUUCCAAUUUAUUACAAGUAGUGCGAGAUAUUGUAGGAAAGUUGGAGUUUAAUGGAUGACAGAGUUGUACAACUACAAAGAAGAAGAGAGUUAAUAAUAGGAAUCUUAAGGGGACAGCUGAUUCUCAACAAAAGAGUUGAUUGUUCAAUUGACAUAAUAUUAAACUUUUAAUAAACUUGUCCUUUGCUGUCUAUGUGUGUAGUUUAGAGGCUUUUACAAUAAAAUGUAUGACUCAAUAUUUAUUUUACAAUAAAAAGUUAUUGUAAGUUCA